AUGUUGAACUUUGACAUUAAGACAGCUCAAGAGAAGAGGGUACUCCAGUUGCAUGAACUUGAAGAAAUCCGACUCAAUGCCUUUGAGAGUGCAAGGAUAUACAAGGAAAAGACCAAGAUCUUGCAUGAUCAGAAAAUUCUCAAGAGGGAGUUUAAGGUGGGAGACCUCGUUCUUUUGUUUAACUCAAGGCUCAAGCUCUUUCCUGGUAAAUUAAGGUCAAGAUGGUCAGGACCGUUCAGGGUUUUAGAGGUUAGAAGCUAUGGAGCAUUGGUCUUGGAAGGAAAAGAUGGAAAGGGUUUUGUUGUAAAUGGACAAAGGGUCAAGCAUUACUUUAUUUCUGAGAAGAGAGAGGAAGCUUCUACAGUUCCUCUUGAUGAUCUACCAGCCUGUUUUAUAGUGGCUCAAGUUCAAAAAACCGAGAAAAUAUCGACCAGUUACACCGAGCAAGUGGAGGUCGGUGUGGAACAAAAGAUGGCCAAGAAUGCCUCACACCAAGAUGAUUUCCCUUGGUGCAUUUGCUCGUUGUAA